AUGACUCUGGCCCGGAGAGGAGAGGGCAGCAUUCUUCCCACGCUCAAUCAUCCUCAUAUCAUACGCACUUUUGGCUCUGAGGGCUGGGGCACCUCGCACGUCGAGAUCGUCCUGAACCUCAUGGACGGCAAUCUCGCGUCCCUAGCCGAAGGAAUGGCCCGUCCUCGCCGCGUCCUCGCCAAGCACGUCCUCUGCCAGAUGCUCCAGGCCCUCGACUACCUCUCCGUACGGGGCUACGUGCACCGCGACGUGAAGCCCGACAACAUAUUUUUUGUCCUGGCCCCCGGCUACGGCGGCCGCGACAAAGACCGCGGCGGCGACGAUUGGGACAGCGACUGGGAUAGGGGCACCGGCGCCUCCCCGUUCCCCUUCCAUUUCCGCCUGGGCGACUUCGGCCUGUGCGAGCACGAGUCCCGCAUCGACGCGGGCACGGUCCGCGGCACCACGGCCUUCAUGGCGCCUGAGCUGUUCCCGAGGCGUCCGCGGGGGAAAUGCUGA